UCCAGUAAAAGCUGAUACACAAAAGAAAUAACUAAAAAUUAUUACCGACUUACCUACCGUAAUUAGUGCUGUUAUUUAAUUGUUUAAAACAAAAGUAAAACUAUCAUUAUGGAGAAGAAGUGCUGUGUAAUUGGUUGCAAAACCCUAAUGGACAAAACCGAUGUCAAAUUACACAGAAACACUGUCUUUAUGGAAAGCAGCUACCAGUCAGACAAUAGAAUGGGAACCUACUCAAUACAGUGGAUUAUGUGACAAUCAUUUUGAAAAAACUGAAUAUAUAACUAAUGAUGGAAAAGGAUUUUUAAAACCAACAGCAGCCCCAACAAUUAAAUAUUGUGCAGAUUUUAUGGGGUACAGCAAAAAAAAGUCACUAAAUGCAUGUAUUGAUGCAGAGCAAAUGGAAAAAAGUGUAAAAGACAAGCCAGUGAAUAUUAAAAACCAACUUACAAAGGAUUCAUAUUUAAAAAAAAUGAAGACUUUGAAAAAUAAAAAACAAAGAAGUACUAAGGACAAUGAUUUAAAAUUGAUGAACCAAAAAAUCCGUUUUCUCAAAAAUGUAAAAAAUAUAACGUAUUUGUUGCUAGAACCAUUAGUAUUUUCCGUUUAUAUAGAGGAUGAAAUGAAAAAAUUAAAGCAACAUAAAGAGGUUUAUUCUACUGCAAAAUCUCAGAUUAAACAUGUAUUAAAGUAUGGAAUGCUUCAGGCCUUAGGAAUUAAAAAUUAG